AUGGAUAAAAGAGAAGAAGGAACAGUUGAAGAACCAUUAGAUUUAAUUAGAUUAAGUUUAGAUGAAAGAAUUUUUGUAAAAAUGAGACAAGAUAGAGAAUUAAGAGGGAAAUUACAUGCAUAUGAUCAACAUUUAAAUAUGAUUUUAUCAGAUGUUGAAGAAACAAUAAAGGUUGUAGAAAAAGAUGAGGAAACUGAUGAAGAAAUUAUAAGAAAUAUUAAACGUAAUAUAAAGAUGCUUUUUGUCCGUGGUGAUGGUGUUAUUUUAAUUUCACCACCUUUAAGAACUUCGUAA